AACUUAUGUACAAUAAUGGCAGGAUGAAAAUUGGAAUCUGUUUUCCUAACCAGAGUGUGUGGUAUCCUGGUUCAAACGUUGGUUUAAGUUCCUCGUCUGUGGAUAUUUAAUUAAGCUGCUAUAGAAUUAGCAUGAAUUCAUCUGUGAUUGGAUGUCAGUCCACACGCUAACGGUCCAACCCAGUAGAGAAUAUCCAGGUGCAAAAAUGUUUUAAAAUCUUUGGAUUAGGUCGUGUAAUAUGUAAUGUGUACUAUGUAAUGUGUAAUAUGUAGUAGCCAUUAACUAGUAGUGAUGGGCAAGUUGAUAAGUAUUAAAAUUAUCUGAUAGAAUAAACUGGCUUAUAGUGAAGAAGUUAUUUUAAUUGUAUACAAAUAUCAUCUUUCUAAGGACCCCUGACGGUCGUAUCGAGGACCAAUGCGAACCUUAGUUUGAGAACCACAAGUAUAAUCUAUCUAUUUGACCUUUGAAACAUUGAACUAUUGAAGUUCUAAACUCUACGAUCACGUCCCUUAAUUCUUUACAAACGGACGAUUGUGUCAUGAAUGGUUGCGUCCCCCUUUUCUUCUGAUUUCGGAAUGCCAACGAUUGAUUUUGUCCUGAAUGAAAGUUUUGACAGGUAUUGAACUAACAAUGAGGUCACGUGUUCACCAACCAUUGUGAUACAUUGAAAUCAAGUCCCUGUCGGGAUAUUUAUACAUGAUGUUUACGUUAAACUCUUGAGACGGAGUGUUCGUAAUUUAGUAUCUCUAUUGUACACUUCUACACCAACGACGUUUUCUUGAGCACGCUGGACCAUGUGUAGUGGGUCUUUGUGUAUUUCUUCCACCUGAAGUGAAUCCGUGUAUUUCAUGUGUUUUAGAGUAAUGUUUAAAGAUUAUGUGUAACAAACAAUCCAAGAAACACAACUGCGAUAUAUAUCUGUGACAGAAGUGGAAGAAGUUGAUAAGAGUUGUCCAGAUCUAUGGUUUGUCAUAGAGCCUUGACGAAAAGAAGACUUUUGAAAUAUGGAGUCUCACUGGCCUUCUUCACACUACUGGCUCAGGUGUACUUCCAUAAGGACGAAGUCAAAUUAAAUAAACAUGACAUUAUUCAGAAGUAUUCUAAAUUGUACUCGCCUCGUGGUCCGCUGACCAGAAGACCAUCAACCCCUCCAGCCAAUGUCCAGCAGAUGUUGGAGAGCAUGAACAAACGAAGAGACAGGGUUCAAAUAGUCUGUAGUGACCCAGACAUAAGACGCAAAAGUGAGGAGCUAAGUGACCACACAUUAGUGUCCAGGAUGCAUCACUUUGUCUACUGUCCAGUGGAAAAAUCUGCGUCCACGUUUUGGAGACGGUUUCUGUAUCAGUUGGAGUUUACAAACCCCAUGCAAUCCCCAUUUAACGUGAGUGUCCAGGAAGCUUAUGACGGGAUGACAAGCAGAGUGAAAGUCUUUGAAAAGGGAAAGAGGCUGAGGAAGUUGCUGGAAGCUGCCACCAAAGUCAUAUUCGUUCGUGACCCUUUUUACAGACUUUUCUCAGCCUACGUGGAUAAGCUCCUGUCUCCGAAUCCUUUUUACUGGGAACUCUGGGGGCUUCCCGCUACAAGGAAAUACCGGCCAGAAAAGCAGGCUUUGGAAGGGGCGAAACUCUGCGGUAGUGAUGUGACAUUUCCAGAGUUCAUCCACCUGGUGACGGAUGAGCUCUGGCUGGACGAGUCGCAUGUUAUGCCCAUCUCCAGGAUGUGUGACCCUUGCGGGUUCAACUAUACCGUCAUCGGGAAGCUCGAAACCUUCACGAGGGACACGAGGCUUGUUCUGGCGUACCUGGGUCUGAACGAGAAUCAGGUGGGUCUAGAUCGAAUGUCUCACGAUGUCUUCAGCGAUGCGGUUAGGGACUCGGUGACGGACGCUCUCAGUGACAGCUGGCUGAACAUGACUUUGAAGUGUGUCAGCCGGACGGAAGUGGCAAGGAGAAUAUGGCGUAAGCUCCAGCUGCGAGGCUUUAUUAGCUGGAGGUUGAACUUUGAACUGCGACCGGAGGACGUCACGACUUUGCAGUCCGGCGAUUUCAUCGAUAUUCUUGAGGCUGCAGCCAAAGCCUCUGCUGAGUUUCAAGACUUGCGCUUUCAGAAAAGGCAGGCUCUUCAGGAGGCUUUAAAGAGCUUGAAGUCUUGGCAAUAUGACGAAAUCAUGCGCAUCUUCACAGCUGACUUUCUCAUGUUCGGAUACAACUCUUCGGAGCUUCUUGGCAAUUUACAGAAUGUGAAGUCUACUGGCGCUUUUGAUUGGUGGAAAGAUUGGGACUUAUCUACCCUUGUCUGAAAUAUUUAAAACAUAAUACGGUUACGGAUCUUGCAUGGAUAGGUAUUUCUUUUUAUUUAUGCAAUUAAAUGAAUUAAAAUGCUGACGUUUUUACUAUGCUACAAUUGACACUACCUCUAGUUAACUUGCACCUUCGUGGAAACUAAAACAUGGCUGGGUGGCUCAAAAACCUGAACAAGGAUCUCGAAAACGGCGGUAAUGAUUUCCCUAUAAAUUUGACAGUUUAUUUAUCACGUUGGGAAAAGAAUUACUAGCUCGUUGGCCACAUUGUGAAAACUCUGAUUUGACAUUUAUAAUUUUGCCAGUAUAAAAAGAAAUAAAUUUAAAUUACCCCCCCCCCCACGCACACACACACAAAAACCAACAACAAGAAAACAUUUAUCUUGAACGGAUCCUACGUUUUCGGGUAUUUCCGCAUUCAUUCAAGUGUUUAACAAAUGAAUGUUUAGAAACAUUUUAUGCAGCGUCUUCGAAGUCGAAAUCUAAAAGCAUACCAUUGAAAUAUCAUAAACUUUAUUAGUAAGGUAGGUCUUACCAUUUGCAAUUAACUAGGAUUAAUUAUUAUUUCUCUAAUAGGAAAAAAAAAAAGGGGGGGGGAGGGAAUGGGUCUUUUUAAAGAAUGCUUUUUUUUUUUUAAAAUCUCUCUGUAGGUUGUAUAGAGAAGAUAUUUUAUCUUAUCUUAUAUAAUACAGACGUUACUUCAAAAAAGAAGAUAAUUACGUCCUACGCGUCAUGCAUUUAGUCAUGCAUAUUAACCAAUGACUUAAAUUCUGCCAAGUCACUGGUUUUCCUGGCUAGCUCAGGCAACCCAUUCCAUGCUCUAAUAGCACUAGGGAAGAAGGAGUAUUUGUACAAAUUUGUCCUAGCAUAUGGGACGAGGGAUGUACCUUUAUCUUUGUGUCUUUCACAGUAUUUUAUUAAAUUUUGUUUUUGUAUUUGAAGAUUAUGGUUCAGUGUUUUAUGUAUGAUUGCUACUUUACUUUUGAGUCUUCUGUCCUGAAGGCUUUCUAAAUUUAGUGAUUUUACUAAAGGUGUUACUCUAGUUAAGUGUGAAUAUUUGUUUGUUAUGAAUCGCACUGCUCUAUUUUGUGUCUGUUCCAGUUUCUUAAUGUUAUCUUGAAGCUAUAGCCUUUUAAAGUUAUACAUAUUGUUCGUUUCUUUCUCGUCUUUAAUGUACAGAUGUCUUGGGGAUAGGAUGAAUAAAGAAAUUAAGUAAUUUAUAUAAAAGUUUGAGGUGGUGCAAUAACUAAUUGAUAUAAGUAAUCAAUAUAAACAUGGCAACUUUUCUAAGUGUAAAAUGCCGAACUUUACCUGCAGGUUAAAAAGCUUUAUAUUAUAUUGGUUAUUUUAUUUAUUAAUAUUAGUGUGAGUUUGUUCUAUAAUUGAAGCAUGUUCUUAUAGAAGUUUUGUAUCGCUAACGCAUUGAGAACAGUCACAGUCAACCGGAAGUGACAGAACAUCAAACCAAAAGAGUAAACAAAGAUUGCCUAUCAGAAUGAUUUAUAUUGAUUAUAUACCUUGCCAUUGUUUAUUUUGAUAAUUAUUUUUUUUAUUAUGCCAAAUACUCAUGUCAUUUUUUUAUUAUUACAAAAUUUUGAUUUUUGAAAUAAAACAUUUUUAUUUACCAAGACAUUCCCACCUCUCAAGAUCACAUUCAAUGUUCCGUGUUUACAAUUUAUUUUAUAAUUACAGUUUUUAUUUAAUAUGUAUAUAUAUAUUUAAUUAUGCCGGUUUUACAUGUUAUAAUUACAGUGUUAAUAAAAUAGAUUUAUUGUAAAAAUAA